CAUAAACCUUGUCUUCCAUAUAUCAUUAGCCCUUUCGAUUCAGUUUAUCGAAGUCUCCAGCGCCUUCGUCACCACCGUAUUCACCACCCUCACCUCCACUGAUUUCAGAUCUUCAUUUCCGAUUUAGAGGGGAACUUUUCAAAAUAUGGGUUCUCAUGCUAAGAGUAGCAGAGAUAGAUAUGCGAAGAAGAAGAAGCGGAGAGAUGAAUCGGAGUCUGAGUCCGAGUCUUACUCUUCUGACUCGGACGGUUCAGAUGAUUUGUCCCCGCCCAGGAGUUCCAGGAGGAGAAAAGGCAGCGGUAGCAGCAGCAGUCGUCGACGCCAUUACUCAAGUGAUGAUGAUUCCUCUGAUAGCGAUGGUGGACGGAAGAGUCGGAAGAGAACUUCUUCUAAGAAGCCCUCCGAGGAAGAGAUCAAGGAGUAUAUGGCCAGAAAGGCCCAGAAGAAGGCAUUACGUGCAGCGAAAAAACUGAAGACUCAGUCGGUGUCUGGGUACUCCAAUGAUUCAAACCCGUUUGGGGAUUCUAAUCUCACUGAGACAUUUGUGUGGCGAAAGAAAAUUGAAAAAGAUGUUCAUCAUGGAGUGCCGUUGGAGGAAUUUUCCGUUAAAGCUGAGAAGAGAAGACGGGUGGAAAGGAUGACAGAGGUUGAAAAGGUUAAGAAGAGGAGAGAAGAGAGAGCAGUAGAGAAAGCUCGACAUGAGGAAGAAAUGGCAUUAUUGGCUAGAGAACGUGCACGAGCUGAGUUUCAAGAUUGGGAGAAGAAGGAGGAUGAGUUCCAUUUCGAUCAAAGCAAGGUGAGGUCAGAAAUCAGAUUGCGUGAAGGACGACUGAAGCCAAUUGACGUCCUCUGUAAGCACUUGGAUGGUUCCGAUGAUAUGGAUAUCGAGCUCAGUGAACCUUACAUGGUUUUCAAGGGACUCACUGUUAAAGAUAUGGAAGAGCUUCGUGAUGAUAUCAAAAUGUAUCUGGAUUCAGAUCGGGCAACUCCAACACGCGUACAGUAUUGGGAGGCACUUAUUGUGGUAUGCGACUGGGAGUUGGCUGAAGCUCGUAAAAGGGAUGCUUUGGGUCGAGCUAGAGUUAGAGGGGAGGAACCUCCUGCAGAAUUGCUUGCUCAAGAGAGGGGACUACACGCUGGUGUUGAAGCUGACGUGAGGAAACUUCUUGAUGGGAAAACCCACUCGGAGCUUGUGGAACUGCAGUUGGACAUCGAGUCCCAGCUGCGUUCUGGGUCAGCAAAAGUAGUGGAGUAUUGGGAAGCGGUUCUUAAACGCCUCGAUAUAUACAAGGCAAAGGCUUGCUUGAAGGAAAUACACGCUGAGAUGCUGAGGAGACAUUUACAUCGCCUCGAGCAACGUUCAGAGAAUGAAGAAGUUGAUCAUCGCUUAUCACCUGUGGUGGAAGGAAACGAGGAAGAGAUAAACGAUAUGAGUCUUACAGAUGAAGAAGCAUUCUCCCCCGAGCCUAUUGCGGAGGAAGAAGAAGCUGAUAUGGCAGCAGAAGCGGCUGGUUCGUUUUCGCCAGAGCUUAUGCGUGGUGAUGAUCGUGAAGAAGCAAUCGAUCCUGAGGAAGACAAGAAGCUACUGGAACUGAAACGAAUGAUUGUGUUGGAGAAACAAAAGAAACGGAUCGAAGAAGCUAUGGUCUCAAAACCAGCACCUGUGGAAGAUAACUUGGAGUUUAAAGCAAUGAAAGCAAUGGGACCAAUGGAUGAAGGUGAUGCUGUAUUUGGCACUAAUGCUGAAGUGAACCUUGACUCCGAGGUAUACUGGUGGCAUGACAAGUACCGGCCAAGAAAACCGAAGUACUUCAACCGAGUUCACACAGGUUACGAGUGGAAUAAGUAUAACCAAACGCACUAUGAUCACGAUAACCCGCCUCCAAAAACGGUUCAAGGGUACAAGUUUAACAUCUUCUAUCCAGAUUUAGUAGAUAAGAUCAAGGCUCCCACGUACACUAUAGAAAAAGAUGGGACUAGCUCCGAAACUUGUAUAAUCCGGUUUCAUGCUGGUCCGCCUUAUGAAGACAUUGCGUUCCGGAUUGUGAACAAAGAAUGGGAGUAUUCUCACAAGAAAGGUUUUAAGUGCACAUUUGAGCGUGGGAUUUUGCACCUGUACUUCAACUUUAAACGACAUCGGUACAGGCGAUAAACUGAUCGGAGUUUGGCCGGAGAAUACGAUGUUCGCAGUUUAUUAAGCCUUGUCCGUUCAAAAUGGCAAUACAUACUCUUGAUCUUGGGAACCAGAUAUGAAUCAAGAAUAUGUACUAUGCUACACUAUUUUCAUUGAAAACUGAUUAUCAAACAUAACAGAAGAGAGAAAGAGUGGUCUCAAAAUGUUAGGUGUAAUGAUGAUUACUAACAAAAUGUGAUGUUGAUGAUUGGAACAAUUCUGGAGCCGGUGUGAAUCGGUGAGUCCAUUAGUUUAUGUAGAAAAGUGGGUGUA